ACAGGUCCUGUAAGCACAGGGGUCAGUUACCGCAGAUCCGGAUACAUUAUCAGGAUUGACCCUGUCGGUACCGGGUAGUUUGGAGCCUUGAGGUUUCUCCAACCCAGGAUCCUCUGCUGAUAUCUUCUAUAUAAGAGAAGUUUCCUGAUCAACCAUGGAGAGAGACAGGAACAAGAUGGCCGACAGGAUAAUAGACCUCACCCUACAGAUACUCUUCCGGCUUACUGGAGAGGAUUACACAGUAGUGAAGAAGUCCUCUAGUGGGCGCUGUCGGGCCCCUGUGUGUGAAGGAUGGGGAAGAACCCUGAGCCCAAUCCCGGAGCCUGCACCUCACUCCCUGAUACAUGAGGAAAUGGAGGAACAGAAGAUUCUAGAACUGAUCAACAAGAUGAUAGAGCUGCUGACUGGAGAGGUUCCUAUAAGGUGUCAGGACGUGGCGGUCUAUUUCUCCAUGGAGGAGUGGGAGUAUGUAGAAGGACACAAGGAUCAGUACAAGGAUCAGGUGAUGAUGGAGGAUCAGCAGCCCCUCACAUCAGCAGUCAGAUCCAGUAAGAGAACAGCAGCAGAGAGGUGUCCCCGUCCUCUUCUUCCACAGGAUGAUCAGGGAGAAGAUCUAAACAAUAUUAAUGCUCCAGAGACAGAUGUGAGCGGUGAUGAGCAGUAUAAGGAGGACAUUUCUACAGGGAAAGAUUUUAUCUAUUUUAAUGCAACGGACAGAAGUGAAGAAGAAGAAGAAGAGACAGCUGUGAGUGGUGAUGAGCAGUAUAAGGAGGACAUUACUACAGAGAAAGAUCUGAUCUAUAUUAAUGCUACAGACAUAAAGGAAGAAGAAGAGGAGACAGAUGUGAAUGGUGAAGAGCAGUAUAAGGAGAAUAUUCCUACAGGGAAGGAUCUGACCUAUAUUAAUGCUACAGACAUAAAGGAAGAAGAAGAGGAGACAGAUGUGAGUGGUGAUAAGCAGUGUAAGGAGGACAUUCCUGCAGGGAAAAAUCUGAUCUAUAUUAAUGCUACAGACAUAAAGGAAGAAGAAGAGGAGACAGAUGUGAGCAGUGAUGAGCAGUAUAAGGAGGACAUUUCUACAGGAAACCACCCAUAUUCUUGUACCAGGAGAUCAGAGGAGAAUCUUAUAUCUUCAGAUUAUAAAGCAGAUGAUGAUAUCACACAAGAUACAUAUGAAGAACAUUCCAUUAUCCCAGAUACACCCUCAGCCCUUCACAGCCAAGAUCUGUCAUCUCAUCCUUUUAUACAAGUCGGACCUAAAGAUUCAUCACAGACUGUUGAGCAAAAUAAGGAGAAGCCAUUUUCCUGUUCAGAAUGUGGGAAAUGUUUUUCAUUGAAAUUCACACUUAUUAGACAUCAAAAUCUUCACACAGAGAAGAAGCCGCCAAUUCCAUGCCCUGAAUGUGGGAAAUGUUUUUCUUACAAAUCAGAACUUGUUUUACACCAGAGAAGCCACACAGGGGAGAAGCCAUUCUCCUGUUCAGAAUGUGGGAAAUGUUUUACCCAGAAAUCAACACUUAUUAGACAUCAAAAACUUCACACAGACAAGAAGCCAAUUCCAUGCCCUGAAUGUGGGAAAUGUUUUACUGACAAAUCAGCUCUCGGUAGACAUCAGAGAACUCACACAGGGGUGAAGCCAUUUUCAUGUUCAGAAUGUGGAAAAUGUUUUUGUCAGAAAUCAGAUCUUGUUCAACACCAGAGAAGUCACACAGGAGAGAAGCCAUUCCCCUGUUCAGAAUGUGGUAAAUGUUUUACUGUGAAAUCAACACUUAUUACACAUCAAAAAACUCAUACAGGGGAAAAGCCAUUUUCAUGUGAACAAUGUGGGAAAAUGUAUUCUCAGAAAUCAGAUCUUGCUAGACAUCAGAUAAUUCACACAGGGGAGAAGCAAUUUUCAUGUAAAAAAUGUAGUACAUGUUUUACUACGAAACAAAGUCUUAUUGAACAUCAGAUAAUGCACACAAGCGUGAAGCUAUUUUCAUGUUCAGAAUGUGGGAAAUGUUUUAUUAGGAAAUCCUUUCUUGUAGCACAUCUAAGAAUUCACACAGGGGAGAAGCCAUUUUCAUGUUCAGAAUGUGGAAAAUGUUUUACCCAGAAAUCAACAGUUAUUAGACAUCAAAGAACUCACAUAGGGGAGAAACCGUUUUCCUGUUCAGAAUGCGGGAAAUCUUUUAUGGAGAAAUCUAAAUUUAUUAGACAUAAAAUAAGUCACACAAGGGAGAAGCACAUUUAAGGCACUGAAUGAUGUUUAAGAAAUAUCUGCAAAUGCCUUUUAUCCAAAGAAGCAAAUGGAAUAUAAAUUAAAUGGGUUUAUGGGGCUGAAACAUUUUUUGUGGUACCUGCCUCCCAACAAAGUGAACACAAGAAAGACUCUAAACUCACCUCCACUGCUUCCCCACUACUGCUGCUAAGAGGUCUUCAUACAGAAACUGUCCCCUCAGCCAAUAUAUAUAUAUAUAUAUAUAUAUAUAUAUAUAUAUAUAUACACACACACACACACACAGUGGGGAUCAAAAGUUUGGGUACCCCAGGUAAAAAUUUGUAUUAAUGUGUAUAAAGAAGCCAAGGAAAGAUGGAAAAAUCUCCAAAAUGCAUCAAAUUACAGAUUAGACAUUCUUAUAAUAUGUCAACAAAAUUUUUAUUUUAUUUCCAUCAUUUACACUUUAAAAAUAACAGAAAACAAAAAAUGGCAUCUGCAAGAGUUUGGGCACCCUGCAGGAUUUAUAGCAUGCACUGCCCCCUUUGCAAAGCUGAGACCUGCCAGUGUCAUGGAUUGUUCUCAAGCAUCAUUUGGGAAGACCAGGUGAUGUCAAUCUCAAAGGUUUUAAAUGCCCAGACUCAUCUGACUUUGCCCCAACAAUCAGCACCAUGGGUUCUUCUAAGCAGUUGUCUAGAAAUCUGAAACUGAAAAUAGUUGACGCUCACAAAGCUGGAGAAGGCUAAAAGAAGAUAGCAAAACGUUUUCAGAUGUCAAUAUCCUCUGUUCGGAAUGUAAUUAAUCAGGAACAG